GUACAAGGAAAUUGUAGUUGGCGGUAAAAUUAUAUAGUGUUUCCACCAUAUUAUCAGGAACAACUGAACGCCCGCUCUAUUGUCAUAUGUUAUUUUAAUAGUUCUUUAAAUUUGAAAAUUCCAUUACAUUCUCAAAAUGCAAAGUAUUAAAUUGAACAUAGGAAUAAAAUAAAAAUUACAGCGCAACGGCAACACUGGCGGAAGUCAGCUUAUUCAUAAUAAGCUGGUCGUAUAGUCAUCCUUGGUAUAGUGAGUUAGUAAAAACAAUCGAUAAUAAUCUUUUUGAACAUUAUAGUUUUAUAAUAAAACAUAUAAUAUUAAGAUGAAAUACGCCGCCCACUACCUUGGAAUUUCGAAAACAAUGUUUUACAAAGAAAAUAAAACUUGGCUUUGCGAAUGAAUCAAACCUUUGUCUCUUCUUUAUACACAGCUACAAAUCAGUCGUAAUUAUCAUAUGGAGCACAACAGCUAUUCAGACAAAAGACUUUCAAAUAUCACCAACCCCCGUUGACGCAUUUGUUUUCUUAAUUGUAGUAAUUAGUGAGAGUACAAUGACGUUGAAUUCAUCUCAGACCAAUUAUAAUUUUUCGCCAGAGUAGUCGCUUAUAAAGUUUGAACGAAGUAAUUUGAAGGAAAACGGUAAAUUAGAAGCAUAAAAAUGCCCUCGCUACGGCAAAAGGUCACAACAUAUUUCCGUCAAUUAAGUUUUAUUGCUGAACCUCGCGAUAGUCCAAGAGGGGUGCAUAAAACUUCAGAUGAUGGAAAUUUUAUUGUUAAAUAUUUAGAAGGACGCAUGGAACGUCAGUUUAUCCCUGGACCGCAAAUUUCAAAUGGACAAAAUCCAACUGACCUGCCAGAUCUUAAAAUUGGUGUCUAUGCGACUGGUCCCACCACUAUAACUGCCGCCUGUACCGGUCCUGAUGAAGGGCUUACUGGCAUUAAGCGCUCAAAAUUGCAUUUAAGUGCAAGCUACGCAGACGACAUUGACUUCAUUGAUACUACUCAGGAAAAUGACUGCUUCGAGGUUCGAAAAAGUAUUACCACUAAUAACCGAAAUCAAAACAAAUUCAAUCGAUAUGGGGGUACACCACGUAAAUUAAGUAAUAGUGCCAUUACAUCAAACAGUGAUCAAAAUGCAAAUAAGCCAGCAGGUAUCCGUUCACGCAAAAACUCCAGGACUAGUAUUACAAAUUCCAAUAAAACUCCAAACCAUUCAGAAAACAUACCUACCGAUAUAAACACGUCAAAGGUAUGUGAUACCUCACAGAAACCACCAUUGACAAAUGCGGAUAGCCAGAAAAUCACGGAAAACGCAAACAAGUCGACAACGAUUGUAGUGAGCUUAGUAAGCACAAAAUUUACCACGAAUGAUGCAGCAAAUGAUCAAAAUAACAAAAAUAUAUUAAAUUCGUCUUUGACGGAUAAUAUAACAAAAACAAAGGUAUUAGCAGCAUCUGUUGAUGUUAAGGAUUCCAAAGAAAAUGAUACCAAGGACACUUCCAUAGAAGUUGGUUGUUCCACAAAGGUUAUAUUAGAUAAUACGACAGAGCGAUUACUUCGUGAAGCGGUUUCAAAUCAAAGUGACGUAACCACUUGCAAGGAAAUCAAUAACUAUAUGGCAGAUGCUAUUGCUGGUGUAUCUGAUUGGCGAAUGGAAACUGAUUAUGCCUAUGGGAUUUCAGUAUCACUCUAUGAAAACAACAUGUUAACAAAAGAGCAUAUGGGCAGUCCUAUAGCAGAUUGCUAUGGUAUAGUUGUACGUGGAGAUGCAGCAGCUAUGGCGCUUGCUGACGGCGUUAAUUGGGGUGAUGGUGCGCGAUUAGCUGCACGUUCGGCUGUACAUGGUUGCCUUGACUACUUGGAUCGUGCUAUUUUCGGACUUGCACGAGAGUGUAUGGCAACAUCGACAACGGAGGUAUUUAUAAGUCUCCUACGUAGUUUGUGGGAAGGUCAUGGCUGCAUACUCGAAGUGGGUGGUUCUCUAAGUACACUAACAAUAGCCGUAGUACUACCGAUAGCUGAUGAUGGUAAAUACGUUGUAUGCGCAUGCAAUGUGGGUGACUCAUUGGGAUAUGUAUAUUCGAAAAAAUAUGGCGUCCGUGAAUUUACACAAGCAUCACACGAUAUAACGUCAAUGCGCGACAUGCGCGAUGCAUUGGGCGCUCUAGGUCCUGCCGAUGGUAAUAAACCCGAACUUGGGAACUUAACUUUAUCAAUGACGAUCAUUGAAAAGGGUGAUAUUGUAUUCUUAACGUCAGACGGAAUUAGUGACAAUUUCGACCCAGUUGUGGGAAAAUUUGCUGAAGCGUGGACACCAGACGUAAAACUUAUGCCAAGUAGUACAUCACAAGGGCACCAUCACUUAGCACCAAAAAGGCAAAAUAAAAGUGCUUCAUCUAUUUAUGCACGUUUGCAUCAUGUCCAUCACAACCAAUCUAGGAGCGAGACUGAAUCACUGCCAACAUCUCCAGCUAAUGUACCAACGCGACCACCACGCACCAAAAAAUCACCUUCACCGGAAGUUGUUAAUGUGAGUACUGCAGCUAGUGCACCAAGUCGACCAAAAUAUAUGCGUUCACAUACUGUGAUAGAACCAAGACGUCUUUCCACAGCUGGAGCCUCUGCUGGAAGGAAGCAGCAUUUAGCUCCCAACAUUUUACCAAAGAUACCCAAAUCAAUUUCGGGCCUACCCUUAGUGACUGGACCACAAAGACACGCACUCACACUCUAUCGUCUAGAGGAUCUGCUGAGUUUUGGCAUAAAUGGAACAUUUUCACCUUGUACAUCAGCUCGUCGACUAUGCCAUUUAUUAAUUGAUUUUGCUCGUAUGAUCACAUCAGCCCGUAGGAAAACACUAGAACAACGUGAACUAUUUUACAAAUUAGCAACGGGUCCUGAUGGCAUUAAACGUGAAGUCGAACUUAACCGUAUGCAGCACCGCGCGGCACGAAAACGUGUCGUAGAUAGUAGCGCUUUUGCUGCUCUGCCUGGAAAGUUGGAUCACGCUACCGUAGUGGCUUAUACAGUAGGAAUUGGGCGUAAUAGUAGUACUAAUGAUGAUGCCAGCAGUAAAAGUGAGCAAGUGAACGCUUCUACUUCAACUGCUGCAGCCUUAUUGCAAUCAAACAAUUUUAAUGAAACUAAUUUUUAAAAUUCUUUUAGAAUCUCACAAUUUAACAUCACAAAAUGUAUACCUAUGAAUAUAUAAUACCAUAUAGUGCUUGUAGUCUGGUAUUUGAAAGGCGCAAAGGUUAUAUUUUCGCAACUGAAGGAAUUAAGCACAAUUGAGAAUGAUAGUAUUAUGUGACCUGCAGAUUUUUAAACAUAUGGCGGAUUUUAUACCAAUGCUUUAUUUAUUAAACAUAUAUAUAAUAUAUACAUACAAUACUACAUGUGGCUUGAUGCAAUUACCCGAGCUUCAAAUGCGGCCAAUUAAUCUUAAUACUAAGCUAAACCCAUAAAUUUUAAUCGAAUAAUUAAUUUACAAUGUAGUUCGUGUUUUAAAGUGUCAUAUAACUCGAAUAAUUUACAUUACCACAAUUCAGUAAGAUGCAGCCAUUGCAAAUAUGUGAAGUUAUAUAAGGAGCAUGUAACUAUUUAUAAAGAAAGCAGUUCAAUUGCCAAUGCAACACCAUUUAAAAAGGUUGGAGUACUAGCAUUUUAAUACCCAGUGCCCAAAACAGUCCGUUACUUUGAAAAUAUUGAAAAAUAAUUGGAAUGAUAUAUAUUUAUUCUUUUUUGACAUAAAAAAAUAUUUUUUCAAUAAACUACUGCAAGAUUAUAAGAUACAAUACUAAUAUUGUUUGUUUUUAUGCUAAUUGAAAUAUCUUUUUAAAUGUUAAAUUCGUAUAAAAUUUUUAAAUCUUCUCAGUUAAGAGUUUUAGAAGGAUAUGUUGCUGCUACAUAUUCUCUUCGUUGAAGAUAAAUUCUCUUUAAAAAUGUACGGUGUUGCCGGAUUAAAAAUAGAAGAUGAUAUCAUACAAUCUCGCAUCAUUCAUAUGGAAUCGUAUUUUCAUAUAUAUUAAGGUAUUAAGUGUAUUACUGUGCCUCCAAAAAAUUUAAAUCAUUGAUAACAAAAUUAAGUUCUAAACAAAUGUCAAGGUUAUUGUGCCAUUUCGUAAAUCGAUUGGUCGUUUCAGCAAAAAAUUUUAUACAUCUGUUUUAAAAUAAAACUUGUGAAUGGCAACAUCAAUUUGUGUAGCCGUCAAACUGUCACUACCGCCAAAAACUGCAAAAUUCAUAGAAUAGUUUCAAUAGUAGUUUGUAAAUUAAAAGUUAAAUAAAUUUUCCCUAACAACCGGAGCGGUAUUCAUAAAGCAACAUGGAUUUUAACUCAUUGCUACAACAAGCACAGCGCUUGACCAAUGAGACACAAAACUCUGAGGAGUUGCCGCGUGUUGAGCGUACAAUUUCCCAAGUUUUGCAAGCGACCCAGGAACUGCACUCACGUGUCACUCAAACAGGCGCCCAGGAUAUACAAGCGCAUAUUUUACUCGGCUCCAAAGGCAUUGAUCUACCAAAAAUUUCACAAAAAUUGGAAGCAUUAAAUGCUCGGAAAACCUUUGAACCACUAGAUCCUAUUGCGGACACCGACGUUCGUAGUUUUUUAAAGAACGAAAAGGAGAACGCUAUAUUGUCUAUGAUUGAAGAAGUUAAUAGAAGUACAUUUGAGGCUGCGGAAAAACGACGGUGGGAAUGUGUGCGCAACGAAUGGCAGCAAGAGAAAGUAAAGUUGCUUAAUUCAUUAAUUGGACCCUCGCAGAAUUGGAUUGACAUACAAAAACUGCCAGAGCAAACAGUUCUUAACGAGACCUUUGGCUCGCGUUCGUGCCUCAAUCGAAUUGAAAUGGCAUAUGCACGUGAGGUAUAUGAAUACAAUACGGCGAUCAUUAAAGGUGCAUUUCGACCUAAUCUCGUGCAGAAAUUUGCCAAGAUUGCGGAAAGCUUCGAAGAUCAAAAAGUUACUGAAAUAUGGGAAAUUAUGAAGUAUAUGGUCAAUAUAGCACCAGUUUCGAGAAAUCGUGAUCCCAUACAAAAUCGCGCACAAAUAACACAGUUCAUUGAUCAAGCUAAAAAAUAUUUGGAGAAUAGGUACAAAUUAUAUAUGUCAACUAUCAUCAGUAGUAAUUUGCGUGAAGCGCAGCGUGGUGGUGUACCUAGCACAUUUAAUUUGGUUUCCUCUUUUGUGGGUCUGACAUUCAACCAAUCGAACUGUUUUGGUUUACAAGAUGCAAGCAUUGAUAAUAAACCCCUCUGGCCAAUGGUGUAUUACUGUCUGCGAUGCGGCGAUAUGCAAUCUGCGUUGCGUUGUAUGCAAAUGGGCGGUGCCGGUCAUGAGGAUUUCAUACAAGUGCUUGAAGACAAAAUAAACAAGCCAGAGCAGAAGAUAAAUUCCAAAUUGGAGGGUCAGCUCAAAUUACAUUAUUGUAAUAAAAUUAAGAAUUCCACGGAUCCAUACAAAAAGGCGGUUUACUGCAUAAUAGCUGGUUGCGACAUAAAUGAACAACAUUUGGAAGUUGCGAAAACUACCGAUGACUUCUUAUGGAUUCAACUGUCCUUGCUACGCCCCGAAUCCCAUGACAAUACCGAAGUGCUAACAUACUCGGGUUUGCAAACAAUAAUACUCGAAAAAUACGGUGAGAAGCAUUUCAAUGCCAGUGAACAACGUCAUCUUUACUUCCAAGUGCUUGCUUUAACCGGACAAUUUGAGGCAGCUAUUGAAUUUUUAGCGCGUACCGAGCAAUAUCGCACUCAUGCAGUGCACAUUGCACUUGCUCUAAACGAAAUGUUCCUCAUCGGUGGACCUCGUAAUGUCCAAGAGCCAUUGCUGUCUGUCGACAUUGAAGACCCAAUGCCAAUGCGUCGCUUGAAUAUCGCCCGUUUGGUUAUGUUGUAUGUAAAAAAAUUUGAAAUUACCGACCCCGCCGAAGCGUUGCAGUAUUACUUUUUCUUGCGUAAUCUUAAAGAUCCGGAAGGACGUAAUUUAUUUUUGGUUUGCGUCAGUGAUUUGGCCAUUGAAUGUCGUAAUUAUGAUUUGAUAUUUGGUAAAAUGCAACCAAAUGGCAUUAUGUCUGGCGGUCUGUUCGAGCAAUUCGAUUGUGUUGAAUUUGAUACGCGCACAGCUGCUGGCAUGGCUGCAGAUGAGUUGGUGAAUAAGGGCAUGUUCGAGGACGCCAUCAAAUUAUUUGAUAUUGCUAGCAUGCAAAAUCAAUCUUUGCGUUACCUGGCGAUUCUGCUGUCCCAGGUCGUACAUCAAAGUUCGAAAAAGGAUUCUUUGCGUGAACGUCUGACAAUUAUGGCGGCUGAUUUUAGAGAAAGAAUGCGCGGCAAUCGUAUUGAGUGCGAUCCACAAGUUAUUUCCACCUUCAAUUUGCUAUGUGAACUGGUUUCAUUCUUCGAUUAUUAUCACGAGCAAAAAUACCAAUUGGCUUUAGAGGUACUCGCCAACACCAAACUCGUGCCAUUGUCUAUGAGCGAAUUGGAGGAAUGCAUAAAUAAUUUCAAGCGCUUGGGUGGUGAGAUUUGUAAAGUGUAUCCUGAUAUAUUAUUGGCGGCAAUGGAUAUUCUAUAUGCUCAGUAUAAAAGUGUGAAAGGACGUGAUACUGGCAUUGUUGAUACAGGACGUGAUCGCCAACUACAGCACUUACGUGAAAAGGCGAAGGCUAUUACAAAUAUGGCUGCCACAGUACCAUAUCGCAUGCCAGGCGACACAAAUAAACGUCUUGUACAAACGGAAAUAUUAAUGCACUGAAUUUACAAAGUAUGCUGCUUUUAGGUCUUUAAGAAUUAAAAAUAAAAAAAAUAAAACAUUUUACACGAAAUAAAAGUAAAAA